GAGGACGCGCCGAGCGCCGGGUGUCGGCCCAGGGUGGGCGAUAGGGAAAAACUAACGCAGCUUUAGACGCUGCGGGGAGAGCACCAUCCCUUUCCCAGACUCCGGCCCAGUUUCUGAGAUCUCCGCAGCAGUCUCUGAGGCCGCCCCCAGAAAGCGUCAGGAUGGCGGAGGAAAAAAACGAAAAACUAGUAUUGGAAGAAACGGCAUUUGAAGAAAUUGAAAGAGAUUUUCAGCAGGUUCUUAGUGAACUUUCAGGAGACAAAAGUCUGGAAAAGUUUAGGAUUGAAUAUGAGAAGCUUCAUACUGUCAUGAAGAAGUCUUACGACAACGAAAAACGUCUGAUGGCAAAAUGCAGAGAGUUAAAUGCGGAGAUCGUGGUCAAUUCCGCGAAGGUCGCCACUGCCCUGAAGCUUUCUCAGGAUGAUCAGACCACCAUCGCCUCCCUGAAGAAGGAAAUCGAGAAGGCCUGGAAGAUGGUGGACACAGCCUAUGAUAAGGAGCAGAAGGCAAAGGAGACGAUUCUUGCCCUGAAAGAGGAAAUAGUAAAUCUGACCAAACUAGUCGAGCAAGGAUCUGGACUGACCAUGGACCAGGAUAGCAAUAUCCGAGAUUUACUGAAGUUCAAAGAAGAAGUGACAAAGGAGAGAGACCAGCUCUUGUCAGAAGUGGUGAAGUUACGAGAGUCCUUAGCUCAGACCACUGAGCAGCAGCAGGAAACAGAGCGCUCCAAGGAAGAGGCAGAGCAGGCCAUCAGUCAGUUCCAACAAGAAAUCCAGCUACGACAGAAUGAAGCUUCGCGGGAGUCUAGGAAGAAGGAAAAAUUGGAGAAAGAACUCAGGCAGAUUCAGGUGGACAUGGAUAGCAGGCAGACAGAAAUUCGGGCCCUGCAGCAGUACAUGCAAAAGAGCAAGGAGGAGCUUCAGAAGCUGGAGCAACAACUGAAGGAGCAGAAGAUUUUGAAUGAGAGAGCUGCAAAGGAACUUGAGCAGUUUCAAAUGAGAAAUUCCAAACUUCAGCAAGAGAAUGAACAGCACAGUUUGGUUUGCGAGCAGCUAUCCCAGGAAAACCAGCAGAAGGCACUGGAGCUCAAAGCCAAAGAGGAAGAAGUUCAUCAGAUGCGCCUUGACAUCGGGAAGCUCAACAAAAUCAGAGAACAAAUACAUAAGAAGUUGCGCCAGCUGGAAGAUCAAAAGGCAGAAGUGGAACAGCACAAAGAAACCCUAAAAAAUCAAAUCUUGGGACUAGAGAGAGAGGUGGAGGCUUCAAAAAAGCAAGCAGAACUUGAUAAGAAGGCAAUGGAUGAGCUCCUGAGAGAAAGGGACAUACUAAACAAGAACAUGCUUAAGGCGGUCAAUGCGACCCAGAAACAGAUAGACCUGGUAAAGCUCCAUGAACAAGCCAAGAGGAAUCUGGAGGAAGAAAUCCAGAACUACAAGAAUGAGGCUCAGAAGCAGAGGAAGAUUAUCUUUCAGCUGGAAAAGGAGCGUGAUCGGUACAUUAAUGAAGCCAGUGACCUCACCCAAAAAGUUCUCAUGAACAUGGAAGACAUCAAAGUCCGUGAAAUGCAGAUUUUUGACUACAGGAAAAGAAUAGCUGAGUCAGAGACUAAGUUAAAACAGCAACAGAACCUGUAUGAAGCUGUGAGAUCAGACAGGAAUCUAUACAGCAAAAAUCUGGUUGAGGCUCAGGAUGAGAUAACAGAAAUGAAGCGAAAGUUAAAGAUUAUGACCCAUCAGGUCGAUCAGCUGAAAGAAGAAAUCUCUGCUAAAGAGUCAGCCCUUGUGAAGCUGCAUCUCGAACACCAGCGGAUAGAAAAGGAAAAGGAAACGCUGAAGGCUGAGCUGCAGAAGCUGAGACAACAAGCCCUGGAGACAAAGCACUUCAUUGAAAAGCAAGAAGCUGAAGAGAGAAAACUCCUGCGUAUUAUUGCUGAAGCUGAUGGGGAGAGGUUGAGACAGAAGAAGGAAUUAGACCAGGUGAUCAGCGAGAGAGAUAUCCUGGGGUCUCAACUUAUUCGGCGCAAUGACGAAUUAGCUUUGCUCUACGAGAAAAUCAAGAUCCAACAGUCUGUGCUGAAUAAGGGCGAGAGCCAGUACAAUCAGAGGGUGGAGGAUAUGAGAAUCCUCAAGCUGGAGAUCAAGAAGCUCCGCCGUGAGAAGGGGAUUCUUGCCAGGAGUGUGGCCAAUGUCGAUGAACUCAGGCAGGAGCUUUUUCACAUGCAAAGAGAAUUCUUGAAGGAGCGAACAAGGUGCCGAGCCCUGGAGGAGGAACUGGAGAACCCCAUGAAUGUGCACAGAUGGCGGAAGCUGGAGGCCAGCGAUCCCAGUUCCUUUGAGCUGAUACAGAAGAUCCACACCCUGCAGAAGCGUCUCAUCAGCAAGACUGAAGAAGUGGUUGAGAAAGAGCUGCUCCUUCAGGAAAAGGAGAAGCUGUAUGUGGAACUUAAGCACAUCUUGGCCCGGCAGCCUGGACCUGAGGCUGCAGAACAACUCCAGAUCUACCGACACACACUGCAGGAGAAGACCAAGCAGCUUAAAGUUUUGUCUGCUGAAUUGAAUAUGUAUGAAUCACAGAGCAGAGAGUAUAAGUAUGAAGUCGAGAAACUUACCAGUGAAUUGAUGAACUUAAAGAAGAAAUACCUUGCUCAGAAACGUAAAGAACAAAUUCAGAAAAACAAGGACAGAGUAACCAUAGAAAACACCUUCUCAGUGGCCAAACCAAAUGUACCUCGUUUUGCUGGGGGUGGAUUUCCCCUCAACAAGUCAUCCAAGGUGGAAUCCUAACUUGAAGCUGCUGGCCAGGUCCAAUCGAACAUCUCAUGAACUUCACUCAGGACUUUUGGGAAGAAUCUCAUUCAAAUAUUUUGUACCACAGAAUCAGGUGCUCAGUGUCCAGGAUGGAAAGAAAUGCAUAAUUAUCAUAGUCAUGGCCAUGUAAGAGUUUCACCUGGUCCACAUGGAUAGUAACAGAUUGUAAUUCUAUCUGUUCAAUUAGGCUGACCCAUUGCACGAAGCAGAUCAUUAGUUACUACUACAUUGAUUAAUUUGAAAUGCACCGGAUUUAGACAUUCCAUAUGGAUGAAGCCUUGCAUCUUAAUUUCUCUGUUCUAGACAAUGGUGCACUAAUGGUUUUAUAUUUGAAAAUAUUUUUGAAAUGCAGUGCAUCCCUUUUCGCCUAAUUAAUAAGAAUCUAUUUUAAUUAUUCCUCAUUAACAAGUCAUUGCACAAAAUGAGAGAGAAGGACAAGUCUUCAAGUAUUUAAGAAGUAUUUUGAGACUAAUUUCUAUGUGGAGUUUCUUUUCAGGCCUGGAAUAGGAAAAUCUAUU